CAUCUUGAUAAAUUUGUUGCUUGAAUUUUCAUUACAUACAUUUGUUUCAAGUAUUUUAUUUUAGUUUGCUUUUGUUUGAAUUUUUAUUAGUUUUUAAAAUUUUGAAAUGCUGUAGAACUUCAACCAACUACCUAUCCCAAGCUUAGAAAGUGACUUUUCAACACCAAUCGGUGAGUUUAGCGCAUGCAUUCGAUGUCGAAUUUUAAAAUUAUGUCAAAACUGGAGAAAGCUCAAACAAUCACUCCAAAAUUACAUAAGAAGUGACUUCUGAACUUCAAAAUACAAUAGGUAAGUAAAAGUAUCAAUGUGUACUCUUGCAUUGACGGCCGGCCCAGUCCCAGAUGAAAGUACCUACUCACAUUUGAAAUUCUGCGGCAAUCUACAAAUAUGUAUCGUGGUAUCUAACAGAAUUUUUUUUGUUGAAAAAAAUCACUACUUUUUCCACUACACCUUUUUUUCAACCAAAUUUUCAAAAAGCUCUCCACUCGACCUCCCAUCUCCCACACAUAAAAAAAAUUAACAAAGUCAGAUUUUUUCACAGAAAAUUUUUAAAAAAUUGAAACCGGAAAAAGUUUUGUUUGCAAAGUAUUAUUUAAUUUCAAUCAAAAAUAUGAAAAAACACAAUAAAAAACUUUUCAUUUUUUCACUGUACCUUUUGGACUAAAUUCAUUACUUUUACACUACUUUCACCACCUGCGUUAGAUGCCCUGUCCCUGUCAUUGUCGUGAAAAUCCAAGACCACUUAUAUGUAGUUAUCGGGUUCAACUCAGCGGUUAAAAAUCUCCAAUGAUUCACCAACACUUUUUUUAAUUCGUUCGUGAAUGAUGAACUGAAAAUUUAACACUUCGUUCACAAAUAAUUCACUCGGAAGUUAGAAAUUGUUGAGCAGAAUUAAGAUCUGGAUCCGUGGCAACACUGAUUUUGGUUUUUCAUAAACUGCCAUAUUGCCUUUUAGGCUUACUCCUGUUUAAGACGUCCGAGACGAUGCAAAUACUGCAGAGCAGUUAAUUUAUUUCCUUUGAUUUUGUUUAAUUAUAUUUAUUUAUUUCUUUUGUUAAUUGCGUCGUUUAAAUAAAGUGCGGAUUGUUGUUCGAAUUAAUUAUUUAUUCCAACACUGGAAAAAUAAUUACAACGAUUUGGAAAGAUCAAGAUGGCAGAAGAAGUAAAUCGAAAUGCUAACCUUAACGAAGAUGAAGAUGGUUCCAGAGCUCAACAGCUUCAGCUCCAGUUAGACUGCUUGGAAGUCGCUAGGGAGAGAGUUCAGAACGAGUUGAGAGCUUUGAAUGGAAAUGUAGUUAAUGAUGGUGAGGAGCAAAGGGUUUGGAAGCAGAGGAAAAUUGACUUUCCUAGCAUCAGCUUAACCAACAAAGUAGAUUUCGAAGACUGGCUCUCCCAUAUUCGAGCGGCAGCGGAGGCGGCUGAUGUUUUAGAUUGUAUUUUUGACGAUGUUGUUGCGUCUUCGAUUCCUUUUGUUAAGUUGGAAGAUAAAGUACCCAGAGCAAGUCUGGCUAAGUCUAUCAUCACGGCUCGUCUCGAUUUAGAUCAUUUAAAGCUGGUAGAUGGCUUAACUACGUCUCGUGAGAUAAUGAAAGAGUUGACUGAAUACAGGAGACCGAGUACGGAUGCUGAGGCUAUCAGUGCGUGGAUUGACCUUUCUUUCUGGCAGGUAGAUAAAGAGAAAUCGGUUAGUGAUAAUAUUAGUAAGUUUGAGAAAAUUGUAAAACGUUACAAUUCUUCGGGAGAGCAAAUCUCUGAAAGAAUGACGCGCGAUAUCUUUGUCAUGGGGUUACCUCCCAAAUCUCGAUCGUCGAUCUGGGAUAGUUUCAGACGUAAGAAAAAUGCUACUUAUAAAGAGGCGAAAAAGUUGUAUCGUGAGUUCGAGAAAGAACGUGAGAAUGUUCUUAAUAGGAUAAAAGGUAACGCCGAUUCGACUAGGAGUAAAGAUGUAAAGAAGAAAGAGAAUCGUAACGAAAGAAAGUUUAAACCAUAUUCAUACAACGAAACCGAUCGUCGAAAUCGUCGUGACGAAGAUAACUCUGAUCGCGGUCGCAGUGAAAAGAAUGAUUACAGUCACAGUCGUAAUGAAAAGUAUGACAAGUAUGACAAGUAUGAUAAGAAUGUUCGCCAGCCGUUGAAGCCGUUCAAUCAACUAUGCUAUCGAUGUAAAAAGCCGGGUCACCGCGCUUUCGAAUGUACGCUACGCCAAUGUUUUGUAUGUGGAGAAAUUGGACACGAAGCCGGUAGCUGUCCUUAUAAUAACCCGAAGAAACCGCCGAGAACUGCUAAUUCAGAAGAUCAUGGAAGGAAGUCCACUCCGAAGAAUUCCAAAUUUAAGCGAGGAAGAGCUCAUAUGGCUAAAGGAGAUACAGAUGCUACUAAUUCCGAUAGCGGUGAUUCUCGCGAUAGUCGCGAAUAUGUUGUAUAAUUUAGAUUAAAUUAUGAAGAUCCAGAGAAGGGAGUGUUGAGCAGAAUUAAGAUCUGGAUCCGUGGCAACACUGAUUUUGGUUUUUCAUAAACUGCCAUAUUGCCUUUUAGGCUUACUCCUGUUUAAGACGUCCGAGACGAUGCAAAUACUGCAGAGCAGUUAAUUUAUUUCCUUUGAUUUUGUUUAAUUAUAUUUAUUUAUUUCUUUUGUUAAUUGCGUCGUUUAAAUAAAGUGCGGAUUGUUGUUCGAA